UGUAAGACCGCGGAAGAGAAAGAGAUUUCAUAAGAACAAAGCUUACACACAUAUACAGUUUGCUUUUCUACCCUUUAGAGAAACAAAAAUAAGCUCAUCAAUAUGGGCUUAAAAAUUAUAAGGAUAAUAAUUCAUCUCAUGAUAGGCGCAAUAAUCUCUGACCAAGCAUUUUGCAGCAACAACAACAGCUCCAUAGCAACCCACAUAAGGGGCUGCAACAAUCAGUCAUGCGGGGGUUUAGAAAUUCCGUUCCCAUUCGGCCUUGACAAAGGCUGUUACAUGGAACCCCCGUAUCUAUUCCAGAUCUAUUGUAAGACGUCCGGGCCGAACCUGUUCAUGUCCGAUUUCAAAGUCAGGAACAUAUCGGUUCUAGAUGGCGAGGUCACCAUCAUGCUGGCUAUUGCCAAAGAUUGUUACAGUAAAAAUGGCACACAGAUAACUAGCGAUUUCUCAGACUUCACGCAAGGCUUGAAUGGAUAUUUCAGCGUUUCCUUCACAAAAAACAAGUUUUACUCCAUAGGUUGCGAUAAUUUGGCAACCGUCAAUGGUUAUCGCAACGAUACAAACUACACAACCGGUUGCAUAUCCUCGUGUAGUUUCGCCGACGAAAUCGACUUGAAGUCUUGCUCUGGCGUAGGUUGUUGCCAAACUUCCAUCCCCAGCGACCUUAGAAGGUACGGUUUGAAGUUGGAUAGCAACAAUAAUCAUAAAAGCGUUUGGAGUUUCAACCCGUGCAGCUAUGCUUUUGUUAUGCAAGAAACUGAGUUCAAAUUUUCAAGCUUGGAAGAAUUCACCAAUGUCACUGAGCUUCCGCUCAUUUUUGACUGGGCUGUUGGGUUCGAUUCCUGCGAAGUAGCCAAGAAUAAUACGGAGACUUACGCUUGCAAAGAGAACAGUGUGUGUGUUAACUCCACUUCUAGAUCUGGCUACCUUUGCCGGUGCUCCGACGGCUACGAAGGAAACCCAUACCUCCCAAAUGGUUGCAUAGAUAUUAAUGAGUGCAAACUGCAUCCGAACUCCUGCCAAAACGGAACAUGUAUAAACAUACCUGGGAGUUUUAAGUGCUCAUGUCCAAAGGAUUAUACGCUGGUGCUAAACGGAACCUUGUGCAGUCCUCAAUUUCUUAUGAUUGAUAAUUCUAAUUCAAGAAAGCGUAUAAUUAUCUACUCUGUUUUGAGUACUGCUCUUGGAUGCGUUAUUCUACUUAUUGCUUUAUGGCGCUUGGUAAGGGUCAUCAACAAAAGAAACAAAAUUAAGCGCAAAGGGAUACUUUUCCAAAGAAAUGGUGGUUUAUUAUUGCAACAACAAUUAUCUACAAGUGAAUUUAGUGUAGAGAAAACGAAACUGUUUAACUCAGAGGAGUUGGAGAAGUCAACCAACAACUUCGACAAGGAUAGAAUUCUUGGCCAAGGAGGUCAAGGCACUGUUUACAAAGGUAUGCUAACAGAUGGAAGAAUUGUUGCUGUUAAGAAAUCGAAAAUAGAUGAUGAAGGAAAAAUUGCAGAGUUCAUCAAUGAAGUUGUCAUUCUUUCACAGAUCAAUCACAGAAAUGUGGUCAAAUUAUUGGGCUGUUGUUUGGAGACUGAAGUUCCUCUUCUAGUUUAUGAGUUCAUACCUAAUGGUACUCUAGCUCAUUAUCUCCACGACCACAAAAGAGAGUUUCAAUUAACAUGGAUCAUGCGCUUAAGAAUUGCUACAGAAAUUGCAGGAGCACUUUUCUACUUACACUAUGCAACUUCGACUCCAAUUUACCAUCGAGAUAUCAAGUCAUCAAAUAUAUUGUUAGAUGAAAAAUACAAAGCCAAAGUUGCAGAUUUUGGGACUUCGAAAACAGUUGAAAUUGACCAAACUCAUGUCACAACACUUAUUUAUGGAACAUUUGGUUAUUUGGAUCCGGAAUACUUUCAAUCAAGCCAGUUCACUGAUAAAAGUGAUGUUUAUAGCUUCGGAGUGGUUCUAGUUGAGUUGUUGACAGGUGAGAAAGCAAUUUCUAUUACAAGAUCCAAAGAAGGUAAAAGCUUAGCCACGUAUUUUCUCAUUUCAAUGGAAGAAAAUCGUCUUUUUGAGAUUGUUGAUACUCAUGUUAUUAAUGAAUCUCAAAACCAUAUUAACGACCAGAUUAUGGCAGUAGCUAACUUAGCCAAGAAAUGCCUGAACUUGAAUGGAAAAAUGAGGCCAACGAUGAAAGAAGUUUCAGUCGAGUUAGAGAGAAUCCAGAUGGCAAACAAUGCUGAUGACUAUAGUGGUCCACAAAAAGCUGAAGAGAUAGAAUAUAUAAGAACUGAGCAAAUUGAGCCUUGGGAUUUUUCUUAUGCCACAACCAGUACAAGUAGCAUGAAUUAUGCUUCUCCUUCAACUAUGGUUGAACUACCACUGCUAUCUUCCGAAACUCAUUGAAAACAAUUAAAUUUUUAGUUUCUUUAUUGUUGAGUUCUAUGUAAAGAAUAAUGUGAUUAUGACAACCCAUCUUUUUUCCCUCGA